AUGAAUUCAAGUGAAGUGUUGAAUACAGAGUGGCUUAUUCCAGUAGAUAUUUUAAAAAUUUUUUGUGCAAAUUGUGUUCUUCUAAUCUCAAUAAUCUUUUUACUUGGCAUCAUUUUUGAUAAAGCAUGUCAUACAAUUCCAAUGGCAUUAGUAUUUAAUUCAUGCUUAAGCACAUUAUUUUUUUCCUUGGUUCUUAUAGGCACCUUAAUCUGUACGUUAAUCAACGAUUUCAAAAGAAUCACAUAUCAAGAUUCUUUAUGUACUUUCCGUACUUACCUCACCUAUGUUGCGUAUACUAUCAUCAAUUAUUCAUUUUUACUUCAAGCCAUCCAUCGGUAUGUAGUUGUCGUUUAUCCAUUACGUUUAUUCUUUCAAUCCAAACAAACGCAAAUCGUUGCCAUUAGUUGCACAUGGCUAUGCGCAUUUGUUUAUCCAUUUGUAUUCAUCUUCAAUGGCGAAAUUAUCUACGAUGAUUAUAAUCAAAUGUGUCGAUUACGUUUCGAUCUCUCGUUUUCAGUUAUCUAUGCUGGCUGCUUCGCUUACAUCAUUCCAAUCACAAUCAUUGUAAUACUCUAUAUUGGAUUAGUUCGCCAUGUUCAAGGAAUGAAUCUUCGAAUUACAUGUUCGAAUACGUUGCACCGUGCACAUCAACAAUUACAAAUGAUACAGCGAAUUGUUUUGAUUGUAAUGAUUCUCCUCACCACUGGUUUACCGUAUGUUGUUUUUAUUACAUUAUCAUUUGUCGAUCACCGAUGGAAAUAUUUCCUUCGCGUUGCUGACUUAUUUGUCAGCAUAUCAAUGAUCUUAGUUUUGAUUGCACUCUAUCAAUGUACAGAGCCGUUGCAAAAAGCAAUGAAGAAUAUCAUCCAACGACAUACCAAUACUGUUGUAGCACAUAUAUCAUAA